UCUUCCAAACUUACAACUUAUAAUUAAGUGUUUGGUAUAACCCCAAAAAGGAUUUUAAAAAUUAUUCAAAUGCAACAAGAAAAAUAGAAAAUCACUAAUACCUUCUAAUUUUUUCUUUUUCCUUUAAACUCUUUUAAUUUUGACUGUGAAAUUGCCAAAGAAAAUCAGACCUCUCUCCAAAAUCCACAGACAAAAGUUCCCCUCUUUAUUAUCUGUCUCUUUGAGAAAACCGUAAAAAUCCUUCCUUUUUUCACAUUUGUUCUUCUUGGCCCUUUACAACAUCAAAUCUAAUCUGGGUAUCUUUGAUUUCCCAUAUUCUUUCUAGGGUUUUGAAAUUUUCCGCUUUCUGGGUCACUUCCAAUUCUUUUUCAAAUUUCAAAUUUAAUCACCUGGCUACUAUUAGAUCUCCGUUUUAAAAUUUGGGUUGCUUUUGUUUUCAUCAAAGUUUCAAUGUCACAAGGCAUUUCAAUUGAGCUUUACUUUGAUCCAGCACUCGAAAACCAAGUCCUGAAAGCUUGGAAUGUGUUGGCUCGCCGUCAAAUCAGCACUCAGUUAAUUGAAAUUGAGUCAAGGCCUCACAUAACUCUAUUUUCAAGCCCUUUUCUUGACCCUGCCAAGCUUGAAUCUGUUGUAAAGUCCUUUGCUUCAAAGCAAGAACCUUUAGCUUUAUCUUUUUCUUCAAUUGGGACUUUCCCAAAUGAAAAAAACGUUCUUUUUCUUGCACCAGCCCCAACAAUGGCCUUCCUACAGUUCCAGGCUCAGUUAUGUGAGGCAGUUAAAAAGGAGGGGUUUGAAAUUGGAGAAGAGUUUAAAGCUGACGCUUGGAUUCCUUAUUGUGCUGUAGCUCAGGAAGUGCCAAAAACAAGAAUGGCUGAGGCUUUUUGUGUGUUGAGAGAGUUGAAGUUGCCUGUUUGUGGAUAUGCAAUGGAUAUUGGAUUGGUGGAGUUUUCACCUGUUCGUGAACAUUUCUCAUUUGGACUCGGGAAUACCAUAGAGGCAUGAGAUUCGGAGGGGUCAUUGUGACAGUAUACCAUUUGUUGAACCAGACUGUCUGAUUUACAGAGAUUGUAGUUCCACUCCAUUGUGGAGCGUUCAUGGGCCAGAGAAUCAAGCCUUUCACAUUUACUUUCCAUCCAAAAAAAGAAAAGAGUUAUUCCUCAAUUACUGUUCACCCCUCUUAACAUUUAGCAAAUACCCUUCUUUCAUUGCAAGAUUUUGGUAUUGAUUAGUUAUGUUUUGCAUUUCCACAUUGAUAAAACAAUUCGUUAGUUCUCCUUGAAUGUAGGUGUAAAAUUGAUUCUUUUCCCACAUCAUCUUGGAUGAGAAUCACCUUGACUUCUUUUCUUUUGUUUUUGGGGUUUCUGUUAUCAUCAUUUUCAACUCCCUUGCAUGUCUUGUCUUUAUGAUUCUGGAAUAAAUAAUGUUCCACAAUGUUUGCACAUGAGUUGCCAGAGAAUUUGUCAUUGGUACUACCGUUUCCAGUUUCCAGCUACCUGGAGAUUUUAACAAGAAAUCCACUCUAUCAUGAAUGAUCAUACGUGUUCUUGACAGUAUUUCAAAUUCCGAAUUUUCUUUUCCCACUUCUUGUUGGGUCCCAUGGAGAGCCAAGAAAAACUCUUUA